AUGGAAAACAAACAACAGACCUAUUAUAAUGCGAUCAUAGCCGAUCCAAAUGAUGGAAAUGCAUACUUUCAACUUGCUUUGACUCUCAAAGACUAUCAACAAUCAAUAUCACUUGCAUCAGGUGAAACAGUGACGAAAGAACAACUAAUACUGAAAUGCAUCAGUUUAGAACCAAAAAAUUACAGAGCAUAUUUAAAGUUGGCAUUAAUUAUUGAAAAAGAGAAUAGAAAAUCGAUUGUUCUUCUAUCAGGUCAAUCAUUAACAGCACAACAAUUAUUUUUAAAGUCAAUCGAGUGUAACACCAACAAUGUUUUUUCAUAUUUUUAUCUUGCAACAAAACUAAAAAAAGACGAAACAGUAACACUCAAUGAUGGACAAUCAUUGAACAGACAACAACUCUACAUGAAAUCAAUAGAAUGUAAUCCAUCAAAUUUCAAAGCAUAUUUUAAUCUUGCAGCAACACUAAACAAAGACGAAACAAUCACACUUCCAAAUGGACAAUCAAUGACAGCACAACAAUUAUACCUAAAAUCAAUAGAAUAUAAUCCAUCCCAACCCUUUUCUUACUAUAACCUCGCAAAAUGUGAUCCAACCUUUUCAGAACCAUAUUUUAACAUUGCAAUAACUCUUUACACAAGUGAUGAUAGUGUAACCCUUCUCAAUGGACAAUCAAUGACCAAACAACAAUUGUUCUUAAAGUCAAUAGAGUGCAACCCAAGCAAUUCCACAUUAUAUUAUCCCCUAGCACUUACAUUAUCACCCAAUGAAACAAUCACAUUAAAUGAUGGUCAAAUAAUGAAUGAUAGACAACUCUAUUUUAAGUCAAUCUCUCUUGAUCAAUCAAACUAUGCAGCACAUAUAAAUCUUGCAAAAACACUCAAUGGAAAUGAAUCAUUCAUUUUUCCAUCUGGUGAAUCAUUGUCACGAAAACAAAUAUACCUACGGUCGAUACAAAUGGAACCAAAUAACUUUAAUGCAUACUUUGGAUUGGCAAAGAUUAUUUCAUCAAUAGAAACAAUCACACUCCACAAUGGUAUUACAAUGACAAAACAACAACUAUUUUUAGAGGCAAUCAAGAAAGAUUCAACAAAGUUUUAUGUUUACAGACACCUUGGUUAUACGUUAAACAAUAAACAAACAAUUACACUUGAUGAACAACAAAUGUCAAGGAGACAACUAAUUAGAAAAUCAACAAACUUUUAA